CAAUUUUUAACUACACUUGCCUCUUAAACCCUUUCUAAAACCCUACAUUUUUUUUUCUCCCUUGAAAUGGAAAAGGAUGACAUGAGUGUUAAACCAUUGACUGAAAAGAGAGCCAUGAACCACCCAGUGGCUACAAACCCAAUGAAUAAUAUGUCAAGUGGAUCAACUGCUGUUGCUGCCAAUAGGAUGCACCCAAUGAGUCAUGAUACUGGCCAUCAUGCAAGUACUGGACAUCACAUCAACCCUUUGAAUGCCCAUGUGAUGAAUCAUGCUGUGGUCAAACCAGUGAGUCAUGACAUGGUACCGGCAACUGCUCACCAUACACCAAUCAAUCCAAGGACUUCAAAUCUAGCCGCAGCUAAGCUUCAUCACAGGAUAGGUGAUCAUCAUCUGUUCUUGACAUCUGAUGAUAAUGCAAUGAUGAAGCACAUUGAAGAAACUCACGUCCCUGAUGGCCGUGACUUUGAUGUCAGGCCUCUUGUCCAUAUUAUUGAGGAAAUUGUGCAUCGUGCCACUCCCGUUGCUGGCCGUGUUCAUGGAGCUAAAGUUCAAGCACAUCUGGAAGCAUUGGAAGAGAAGGCCAUUCCCCAUAGUGGACUUACUGAAAUACUCAACUAUUUGGCAUAUCCUAUACAUAGAAUUUCUAUGGAGAUAAUAUGCAAAUGUGCUAACAAAGAAGAUGCGCACACAAUAACAAUGUCACUGCUUCACUCGCUCACAACUUACUCCUGGGAUACAAAAGUAGCAAUAGCAUUUGCGGCUUUCGCCCAACAAUAUGGUGAAUUUGGGCUGCUUGUUCAUCAAUAUCCCACAAAUCCACUGGCCAAGUCCGUUGCGAUCAUCAUGGAACUUCCAGAAAUCAUGGAGCGACACGAUGUUCUCAAGCAGAAAUUCGAUGCAAUUCAUGAUCUGAUCGACAAAAUGUUGGAUGUCACGAAGUGUAUUAUCGAGUUUAGAGACAUUCAAACAUCUCAUCAGCAAUAUGCUGUCACACAAGAAUUGGAAAUGUUGAUUAAUACAGCCCAUAUUUCCACUGCUGCUUACUGGACUAUAAGGGCUGCUGUUAUGUGUGCAGCCAUGGUUUUGAACCUCAUUGCCAUCGGCCACGAGUAUAUAUCCUCAACAUCCGAGUCGUGGGAGAUAUCUAGUUUGGCUCACAAGCUUGCAAACAUAUUGGAUCACCUAAGAAAGGUUCUUAACCUUUGUUACCAAAAGAUUGAGGAGAAGAGGCAACAUGAUGCAUUUGAAGCACUUCUGCGACUUCUGAGGACACCCCACAUUGAUAACAUGAAGAUACUCUCAAUCUUGAUUUAUUCCAAGGAUGACCAGCUCCCACUUUUUGAUGGAACGCAUAAGAGAAGGGUAAGUCUUGAUGUGCUUAGGAAGAAGUAUGUUUUACUUUUUCUCUCCGACCUAGACAUUGCACCGGAAGAGCUCUUUAUUCUCCACCACAUGUACGCUGAAUCUAAGACGCAACCAAACAGACCAGAGAGCAACUACGAGAUUGUAUGGAUCCCUGUGGUUGACAAGAGACUAACUCCAUGGACUGAAGCAAAACAAAUGAAGUUUGAAGAAGUACAAGAGUCAAUGCCAUGGUACUCAGUGGCACAUCCUUCUAUGAUUGAUCCAGCAGUCAUUAGGUGCAUUAAAGAGGUGUGGGGAUUCAAUAAAAAGCCUCAGCUUGUUGUUCUUGAUCCUCAAGGGAAAGAAGCAAACAACAAUGCUUAUCAUAUGUUGUGGAUUUGGGGAAGUUUGGCUUUUCCUUUUACCAAAGCUAGGGAAGAAGCACUGUGGAAGGAACAAACUUGGAAUAUUGAACUGUUAGCUGACUCCAUUGAUCAAAACAUUUUCACUUGGAUUAGCGAAGGCAAAUGCAUAUGCUUGUACGGAGGAGAAGACAUCAAAUGGAUCAGGGAGUUCACAACUGCAACGCGGGCUGUUGCAAAUGCAGCCCGCGUCCCACUAGAGAUGCUCUACGUGGGGAAAAGAAACCCAAAAGAAAGAGUCCGCAAGAACAGCGAGAUAAUCCGAGUCGAAAACCUAAGCGACGUGGUGCAAGACCAGACCCUCAUUUGGUUCUUCUGGGAAAGGCUAGAAAGCAUGUGGCACUCCAGGACCCAACAAGACAUCCCGGGUGAAACCGACCCGAUCCUUCAGGAAAUUGUAACGAUUCUGAGCUACGACGGAAGUGACCAAGGAUGGGCUGUUUUUAGCCGUGGAUUGGCUGAAAUGACCAAAGGUAAAGGUGACCUGAUAGUGCAGGUUAUGAGGGAAUUUGAUAGAUGGAAAGAUGAAGUGAGUGACAUUACUGCUUUUGUUCCUAUAUUGGACCGUGAACUUCGUGGUCUUCAUAGUCCUCAUCAUUGCACUCGACUUAUUCUGCCGGGUACCACUGGUCAUAUUCCUGAGAGAGUGAUUUGUGCUGAAUGUAGCCGUCCGAUGGAGAAGUUUAUCAUGUACCGCUGCUGCAUUGAAUGAGGAUUAUUUAUGGUGGAUGAUUUGUUUGAGUAAGGAUUGGUGUUUCUUCUAGAGGACUAUAUAUUUGAAUAAAAUUGCACUACUAGUCCUCUAAUGAGUCUUUUAAGUACUAUUGUUCUUACUUUAAUUCACCAGUAUGUCUACAAUAAAAUGCCAUGUACUGGCUUUUUGAUAUACAUGUACUUGUUUUGAGAUUUGAGUGUGUGAUGUAAUGCUCUAGCGUUAUGCAAUAGUGAAAAUUAAUAAACAGCUUUUCCAAUUAUAAA